CCAUCAUCAUAUACUAGACCGCUCCUCUUGAAACCUCCAACAGUCAUGUUUCCCGGAGGAGGGGGCCAAUGGUCUCAACCUGGCCCUGGUGGCUAUCCGGGCGGAGCAGGCUAUAUGCAGCAGCAGCCGACUGGAUACAAUCCUCAGCAGCAGCAGCAGCAGCAGCAGCAGCAGCAACAGCCUAGACCAAUGGGCAUGCAGCCUACGGGUUACAUGGGUCCGCAAGCAACAGGCUUCAUGGGUCAGCCGAUGAUGGGCGGUCAGAUGGGAAGCCAGAUGGGCAUGCAACCCAAUCGAGGCGGCUUCCUCGGCCCUCCGCAGCCUACAGGCAUGAGCCCCAUGGGCAUAAGACCAUCUGGUGGGCCGGGCUUCAUGGGCCCACAGCCGACUGGGUACGGUGGCGGGAUGCAGCCUCAACCGACUGGCUUCAUGGGUCCGCAGCCUACCGGCUUCAUGGGUCCUCAACCAACAGGCUAUCCCAUGGACCCUCGUAUGCAGCUCAUGAGCGCUCAGUUCCUUCCCGGAUCUACCCCAUUCUCAGGCGCGCCUACCGCAUCGAACAUGAAUUUCUCAAGUGCAAGCAUGCAGCCUUCCAAUUUCCAAUCGCAGAUUCAGAAUCUUUCGCAGCAGCAGCAAGGCUCAAGGGAGCCCAAGAUUCCAUGGACGCUCAGCAAGGAGGAGAAGAAGUCCUACGAUUCGAUCUUCCGCGCUUGGGACCAGCAAGGGACUGGCUUCGUCUCGGGUGAUGUAGCGAGAGAAGUCUUCGGCCAGUCUGGUCUUGAUCGAGACAGCCUGAUGCAGAUUUGGCAUCUCUCAGAUACCGAGAACAGAGGCAAAUUGAACCUCGCGGAGUUCCAUGUAGCCAUGGGCCUCAUCUACCGUGGCCUCAACGGCAACGACAUUCCGCAGGAGCUCCCUCCCGAGCUCGUGCCACCCUCUUCAAAGCAACUCAACGAGUCCGUCGACUUCCUCAAGGAUCUUCUGAAGCGCGAUACGAGCGUGCGCAACUCCACAGCCCUCAACCUCCCCGAGGCUGGCUCGAAUCGCGAUGCCAAUUACGCCAAGUCUCGAUCGCUCUACCAGAACCCUAUCGAGCGCAAGCAGGACGCAACCGCGUACAAGCACGAGGAUUCUGCUGAGACGGGCGGAUAUCGCUCAAGCUCGCGCCACUUGGACCGCAAGACCGUGCGCUACGCCGGCGAGAGCAAAGAGGACGACAUCAGCGAAAUGAAGAGGCAACUCGCCAACACGCAGAAGAUGCUCGACGAUCAGGAGGGCGAAGACGACUCGGACGAUCGCGAGAUAAACAAGGAGAUGGACGACUUGCGCUUCCGCAUUCGCCGAGUGCAGGAUGACAUCGAGUAUUACCAGCGUCGAGGCGGUCGGGACGCAGCCGAACAGCGUCGCAAGGCGGAGCGAGAGCUCAUGCACCUCAUGCACGAGAGGCUGCCUCAAUUGGAGAAGCGCAUCGAUGAGAAGGAUCGCCGCAAGAAGGAUCGCUCGCUCAAUGAGAGCAAAGAGAGAGAUAGGCGCAACGAGGCCUUCAAUCGUGGCUCUGCGUACUCGCCUCGCUACGAUGACGACCGCGGGCGUGAAGAUGACCGCAGUCGUUCCAUGGGUCCUGGUGAAUAUCUGCGAGGCACAUUUGAGCGCGAUGAGCGUAAAAGCGAUCGCGACCGCGACUCAACGCCUCGUACUCGAAGCCCAGCGCCGGAGCCACCUUCAGCCCCUGCAGCUAAGGCCGCGCCGCCUCCUCCUGCCCCUCCUGCGCCGGCCUCGCCCGCUCCUUCCUCGCCUUCCGUUGCGGCCCCCUCUAAUGCUCCUCCAAAGAAUCUCUCGGCGAGCGAGAGGCAAGCUUGGAUCAGGGAGCAGGCACAACGACGCAUUCAAGAGCGCAUGCGAGCCCUUGGCGCGGCUGCGCCAUCUCCUUCAGCCACAGACAGCACUGUCGAGGAUCGCCUCAAGGCAGACAAGGAGGAGGCAGAAGCUCGGUCGGCUCAGGCAGACCAAGAGGCUAAAGCAAGAGAGGAGGCCCGCAAGGCCAGGCUUGAAGAGCAGCGUCUGGGAAAGGAUAAGGCCGCAAUUUCAACUGUCAAGGCAGAGCUCAACGAGCAAGCCAAGAGCGCUGAUGCUCCUCCAGCCCCUGUCAUGGAGGCUGCGCGCGAGCAAGUCAACGAGGAGGAAGCAAUGAUUCGUCGACGGGAGGAAGUGCUCGCCAAGGAGAAAGCGGAGCGGGAGGCUCGUCUGAAGAAGUUGGAAGACGAUGAGGCAGAGGCUCGACGUCAGGAAGAAGCCUUCAAAGAACGUCAGUCAAUGUUCGCCAAUAAGAGCACUGCGUCGUCUCUUCCGCCUCCAUCUCGCAAAAAGGCUGGCGCGCCUCCUCCGCCUCCGCCGAGCCGAAGUAGAGCGGCUCCUGUUCCACCUGCGCCAGCAGCUGCCCCUGCCGCAGCCGCUACGUCAUCUCCCGCGCCCACGUCAGCCUCACUCGCACCCCCUGCCCCUCAAGCUCCUGCCGCUCAGACUUCACCAAGCACCAAUCCUUUCCACCGUAUGCAGGGCGGUACCAGCGGGGCGGGUGCCGUCGCUGGGGCAGCUGCAAGCCCUGCCACUCCUGGCGGCACGAACCCCUUCUUCCGCCAGAGCGGCGGUCCGGCCUCGACUCCGCCCGCUGUCAACGCUAGUCUUCCUGCGCCAGCUCGUGCUACGCCUCCGGUCUCUGCGCAGCCCACUGGAACAGCGGCCAGGUCCGUCAGUGCCGCUGCUCGCGCGCCCGCUCCUGCGGACGAUGACUGGGGAGACUCGGACAAGUCGGACGAUGAUGACGACGACGACGAUGGGCCAGGCACGACGACGCGGGCGACUCGUCAGAACCUCGCGGCGGCCCUGUUCAGUGGGAUGGUGCCAAGCUCUGGUGGCGGAGGAAGUAACGGGAGUGGAAGGUCGACGCCAGCGCCUGCCGCACCCGCCGCACCUCCUGCACCUCCUGCGGCUGCGAGCGCUGGGGGUGGUGCUCCUCCUGCUCCUCCUGCUCCUCCUGGCGCUCCUCCUGCACCAGCUGCGCCUGCAGCCCCUCCUGCUCCUGCCUUCAAGCCUACGUCUGGGCCAGCCGACCGCGGUGCGCUUCUCGGCCAGAUUCAGGGCGGCCUCAAGCUCAAGAAAGCUCAGACCCGCGAUGCCUCGGGCGCCCCAGGUGCAGGCUCAGUCAUUGGCGACGCUAGCGCCCCUGUGCAGCAUUACUCGCCUCCUCCUAGCCCGCCAGCUGCUCCCUCUCCUGCCCCCCCUGGACCUGCUGCCGACGACGCUGGUGAUGAGAGCAUCAGCAGCUUCGCGGCCAACCCCAACCGCCAGAGUACCGACUGGGCGAAGAGUCUCGCUACCGAGCAGAUGCAUCAGAAGGCCAGCGCUGCGCCUGACGAGCCCUCUGUUCGCGAGGAGAACGAGAGCGAAGAUGAGUAUCAAGCUGCGCCCGAGGAUCCGGAUCGUGCCAUUCAUCCAGACAGCGCUUUGGGCGUCCCCAAUGGCUCGGCGAGCGACGACACUGCCCUUGUCGCUGCAAGUGGCACAGCUGCGGAUGCAGUCGAAGACUUCAAUCUCGACGUCUCGAUCCGGAUGCGCACUCUCUACCCGUACAGCGGGCAGCGCGAUGAAGAUCUAAGCUUCGGGGAGAAUGCCAUCGUCAUUGGACAUCCGGGCAGGGAUGCUGCGAGCGACUGGAUGUACGGCACACUCCUCACCGGCGGUUCCGGUGAGAAAGGCCAAUUUCCUCGAGCUUACGUGGCAGAAAUUGCAGCAGCCGUUACGGCGAAAGCAAUCUACGACUACACGGCCUCCUCCCCCGACGAGGCUUCUUUGGUCGAAGGCGACGAGGUACAGGUCGUCGACCAGGACGACGCCAGCUGGUGGAAGAUCGAACGUGGCGAUGCGAUCAAGAUUGCCCCUGCUACCUAUCUCGAGCUCACCGCAUCGAAGGAUCAGCCUGCGAAGGAUGCAAACACGAAGACACUCGGCCUCCCCAUCACGCUGAAGACUGAGAUUGACGAGGAGGAGCUGCGGACCCCGGUCGAGAGGACGCCGAUUGCUGGAAGGACGCCAACUCAGAGUAGGUCUCUUGAGCAGGUCGCAAUGAAGGCGAGGCAUGGCGGAACGGCUCUGAAAGGUGAAGAUGACGGUGUUGAGGACGAUGAAGCCGACUCCGAGGAUUCUGUGACUGGUUGGACUUCAAGCAGUGAGGAAGAAGAUGAUGACGAAGAUCAGACCAGCGACGCGUCGUUGCAGGGGGAGGAGCAGACGCCCGAGGCCGAAGCUGCUCGAGCGGCAGAGCGACUUCAAGUGCUCGAAGCGGCUGGCCUUCUCAUCCGCAACGAAGGCAACAAUACUCAACCACUACCAGGUGCUCGCAGAGCUGAUUCACUGCUACAGCGGCGGAAAGCAACUCGACGGCCUAGCAGUAGCAGUCAGGAGGGCGACACUGCUAAAGACGCAGCGACUGCCACGCACUCCCGCACAACCAAAGGGCCUCGCCCAGAAGCACCAGCUCGAAGACGCCCGACGACGAAGAGACCAGCGAUCCCUAAGCCGGAACGUGAUUUACCGCCGCCUCCAGUGCCGAAGCCGGAGGAGCAAAUGGAGGAUGCGUACGAUCGUUUCCUCAAGCUGCAGAAGGAGACGAUGAGCCCGCCGAGAGACGUAGCCACUCCAGCCUCGGCCGCGAUCCUGCCGGUCGUCAGUCCGAAGGUGCGGCCUUCAACACCGGCAUCGCCCACUCCAGGCACAGGUACGCCUUCCUCUCACGCUACCGAGCAGGGCAAGGCCUCUGGCUUCCUCUCUUCGCUCACCUCUUCUCUACGAGGCAAGACAGCUGCUGCACCCGAGCGUAGACCCACGCCGGUCAUUUCCGGCCCAAUGUCAGCCGUCGCAGCGGAUCGGCCCCUGUCGUCCUCUUCAAGCGACGCCGCACCGACUGCCUCAACUUGGUCGAGCUUCAUGGACGCCACCACUCUUCUCUCCCUUCCGGAGUCAGAGCGCAAACGCCAAGAAGCCAUUUUUGAGCUCUGCCAAACGGAGACGACGCACGUGCGCGACUUGCAGACUAUCGUGGAGGUAUUCUACAAUCGCAUCGUCGAAGAGACGGGCCUGAUGGACGAGAAGGCUCGUCUAGUCGUUUUUGCCAACAUUGAGGACGUGCUACUUACAGCGGUGAGCUUCUUGAGCGAUCUGGAGGAGCGACAAAGGGCGUCCAGGCUCUACGUGGACACAAUUGGUGACGUGCUUGCGGAGCACAUGCCCUCCAUGAAGGUGUACUUGCCAUACUGCACAAAUCAAGGGACGGCGGCCCAGAUCCUCACUGCGGAGCGCGCAAGGCAGCCUGCACUGGAUCAGCUACUCGUUCAGCUUCGCAGCAGCCCUGCCGGGAGAGGUUUGGAUCUGUCCUCCUACCUUUUGACACCGAUGCAACGCAUCACCCGCUACCCGCUGCUCCUCUCGCAAAUCCUCAAGUACACACAGGAGGACCACGUAGAUCACCCGUUCCUCACAGAAGCGCUCAAGAAUUCACAGUAUCUCUUGACGUACACGAAUGAGCGGAUCAGGGAGCGCCAGUCAGAAGAGCGGCUCAAGGUGCUCAGCCAGACCCUCUUCGUCGGGAGUGAGGCAAGAGUCGACCUCACGAAACCCACACGCUUCCUCGGCGCUAGGCGCAUCCUGCGCGAGGACGCGAGUUUGCUGAAGCGCAAGAGCAAGACGGGACGAAAGCUCACCCUCGUGCUGUGCAACGAUGUGCUCGUAAUCCUCACGGGCGGAAAUCACCUAUAUCGAAUGCCCGCGCCACUGGAGGAGGUGGUCGUUCGUCCACUGAAAGCCGGUCGUGCAGCAGCGGCCGCAGCGGCCGUAGGCGCAGGUGAAGAUACGGAAGGUCCCGGGGGUUUCCAAAUCGUCAUGGCCGGCGGAACGGACAAGGUGGACCUGAAAACGACCUCGCAGCGUGCGGCCCAUCUCUGGAUGAGGGAUAUAGAAGAGGCAAGGAGUCAUUGUCUCGAUGCGGCUUUGAGGGCGCCGAGGUCGCCACCUGUCGAUGGGGACAAGCGGAGAAGUAGGGUCGCGAGUGUGAGGGCGUGAAACUCAGAGAGGGGAGAGGAGAUAGAAGGGUGAUCGAGCCUGUUGAUGGGGAUUGAUGAUGGGAAUAAUGGUACAAUGUUGAAGGUACAAUGGGAUCGAUGCUACGAACAGUGAUGAAGCGAAUACCAUCUUUUUGCCAGCGCCAGCCACCGCAAA